UAAGUAUCAAGUGAAAGUAUCACGAGAAGGAAUGAAACGAACAUUUAUCCCACAGGUAACAACAGCGUCCAUGUGCAAAGUGUCUCUAGUAUUUCGAACCAACUUGCUGUUGAAGUAUGCCAUCUUUUUCACGCGUGAUGGAACAUGGACUUUAUUUGCUCUCAGCAUUCAUCGUCUUUAAAGCAUCUCUCACUCAGACCACCAAUCUUGAAAGCGACGCCACUUCAGCUACAAAUGAAACGGAGACGUUCGUCUUCGCAGCGUUCCAGGGCGACGGCAUCCCCACGACGGAGUCUUAUCUGUACUACAAGGGGGAGGUGCCCGAGAUGACUCAGUUCACAGUGUGUUUUCGAGUCAACUUCCAGCGGUUCAGAGAUCUUAAUCCCAUAGUCUCUUACGCCAUACCGGGGGACGUGCGCCACCUGCAUAUUUCUGUGGAAGAAAAGGACAAGAAGUUGGUAUUUAUUUGCUGCAACAGCAAUCUGUUUGCAAGCUUUAAACUCUGGGGUCUGGCCCCAGACAGCUGGGAUGUAAGUUGCGUUACUGUUGAUCUGGAGGCCUUAGAAGUAAAAGUCAUUUGGAAUUACCAGGAGUUGGAGGCUGAAAAUUCCAUGAGCAAUUCGACAGAGACCCUAAAACUGGAAGGGGGUGGAAGCCUUUAUUUAGGCCAAGAUCAGGGCAAACUCAGGGGAGGGUUUUUAAAACGCCAGAGCCUACAUGGGACUAUUGGCGAUUUCAGAAUGUAUGACUUCGUCUUGUCUCAUGAUGAAAUGGAAGCCUAUCGUCGUUUCAGCGAGAAUUACUCUUCAUUGGUACCUGUCGUCGACUUUUGUAAUAUCUCGGAACAAUUCGAAAUGAGCCAGGUGGUCACUGGAAUGCUCAGUAGCAAUGUCAGGCAAUGGGGCUUUGGAUCCUAUACUAUUUUUUCGCCAGAUGCUCGUACGUUUAAGGAUGCGUUGCAGUUCUGCCGAGCUCUCGGUGGGUCCAUUAGUUAUCCCAGAAGUGAGAACGAAAACUCAAAACUCGCCGAGGGAAUGCUCCCAUAUUUGAAACAGUGUGGAAUCGAAAACUAUUUCGAUACAUUUUGGGUCGGGAUCGAGAAAGAACCAGAAACUGGACUUUGGAGAGAUAAAACAUGGAACGUAUACAAGAAGUACAACUUGACGUACAGCAAUUUCAUGAGAUCGGCAAGGCAGUCAGAAGAACGAUGCGCUACCUUUAUCACUGCCGAGGACGACGUAGACAAACUCUCUGGCAAAUGGCGCGUUGCUUCCUGUGAAGAUGAAAGGUGCGUUUCUUGCUACAUCUCCGGAAAGAUAACCUUCUACCUAAAGGGUCUUUGCAAGAAGUCUGUGUUUGACCAGAGGUAUUUGAUCAGAUGGGACAGUGGUGAAAUCGAGUUUACUGGCUAUCUUUAUUCUACAAUUCGGUUUCACAAACCGGAAAAAAACGACAACCUGGACAACCUCGGGUUUUGGGAGAUCACGACACUUCUUGACGACAAAGCGAAGGCCAUUCUCCAUAAGAAGUCGCCGACACAUACGCUCUUCGGGAUAAACAGGUGGAUGAUCUACGACGACAGAUGUGACUGGGGCAGUUCCGCAAUGCGAAAACUCACGUUUCUCUCUGUAACGAGUACAGUUUCACCUGCCUCGGCGGAGCAUGCGUGCCCCGGGAAUACAGAUGUGACGGGCUAGUGGACUGCCUCGAUGGCUCUGACGAGACCAACUGCUCCCGCGUCAGCAAACCGACCACUUACAACUCCGCCCUCCCGCCCCCAUCCACAUGAAGAGCUCCGUCUUCGAUUCCAUCCAGGUGAUGGUGAGCGUCACCAUCCUUUCGAUCAAGAAUUUCAGCAUCACGGGUUUUCAGAUAGACUUGGAGCUCUACCUUGAAUACACUUGGCAUGACCUAAGACUCCGUUUCCUUAAUUUGGAUUGGGACCACCUCUAUAACAGAAUAGACGAAGAGAUCUGGUCGCCCCCAGUGCACUUCUUGGGCGACGACGGGACGUUUAGCGAGGUCAAGGAGAUGUCAGAGGUGUUCAGCGUCAUGCGAAAAGGGAAAGGGAAACCCACCUCGUACGAAACUUGGG